AUUUGUGCCCUUAUGGAUGUCCACUACCUGGUGCAAUACCCUUCUCCAGAUGUCAAUUUAUUGGCAUCUAUUGACCAAUCUCUUUUGACCUUUCAUCUAAAGAAAGAUGUCAUCAUGAUGUUGGGCGCACGGACUAGUACAAAGAAGGCAAUUGACAAUUGGUAUAUACCUAAGCUAGAGCUAAUGCAGAGCAUCACCGUCAGC